UUGGCACCGGAAGUGAGCACUGUUAGCAUUCGGCUAAAAACACACAGUGAGUUGAGCUGCAAAAGUGAAGAUAAUCAUCUCGGUCUGAAUAUUUAAUCGAUUAUAAUUUAAUGAUCGAGGAUCAGAAGACAUCAGCAGAGCAGCGGUCAGAUAACACGCGAUGGAUGACAGUAAGAUGGUUGGUGGUAAAGUGAAGAAACCGGGCAAACGCGGCCGCAAACCAGCGAAGAUCGAUCUGAAGGCGAAGCUGGAGAGGAGUCGGCAGAGCGCCCGCGAGUGUCGCGCCAGGAAGAAGCUGCGGUACCAGUAUCUGGAGGAGCUGGUGUCCAGUAAAGAGAGAGCCAUCUGUGCCCUCCGAGAGGAACUAGACAUGUAUAAGCAGUGGUGUUUGGCAAUGGAUCAGGGGAAAAUCCCGUCUGAAAUUAAAGCUCUUUUAACCGGAGACGAUCAGAAGCCGCCGCAGAGCUCCAGCAACAAAACACCCAAGAACGGCAAGUACCACCAGAACAAGACGUCUUAGACGCACAGAAGACACGUAACCCAGUAUUGGUUCUGUAUGUUAAUGCUCACAGUGUUCACCAGACGCUUCAUUUAUCAGCUUUGACUCGUAGUUUGUUAGUAACGUGACGUCUCCGAGUUCAACAAGCUUUCUGUUUCCAUUCCCGGACGUCAGACUGAUGCGUCUAUAAUUCCAGUUCCAGCGGUGUGAUUUCUAACAUUUCUUCUUCUUUUAUAUAUUUAUUGUUGUAACUGUUCUCGCACCCAAAUCAUUUCUAAUGUAGUUCAUUCAUAGAGACGAAAGAGAUGGGAGCGUUUCUAUUCAUAUGACCGAAUGUGUGUGUUAUAACUGUUAUUCACUAACAUUAUAAAGCCUUUAUAAAGGCAGAAAUCAGAACGUCUUGCUGCACUUUACACGCGAGGAGGAGCUCAACGAUAGCACUUACUUUUGUAAAGAUGGAGUCUGUGGAUGGAUGUGUCAGGAAAUGUAUUUUUGUCACUAACUGAACUUUAAAAGCACUUUGAGAUCUGUGUGUGAGGUUCAUCUUUUGAAGCUUUUGGCCGGUUUGACAAAAUGAAUAAAUGAAAAGAUAUUGAAUCCUGAGCAGGUAAUAAAAGUCAUUUAUUUUAGACUUUGUUUAGAGCUUAAAUGUAUAUUUUUUAUAUGACAUGAUGUAUGAAAUGUGGAUUGUGAUUGUGUUACAUUUAGCAUUGUCUGAUACAACAAUGUAACAGUGUACAGUUGUUCUGUGAUCAUGAAUAUUAAUCAUCCUGGAUCUUAUUUUGCAUCAUGUUGCGCUCACGCUUCUGAUUAGUGUGGUUUAUUAAGUCAUAUUAAUGUGUUUUUGUGAUUUAUAAAGAAUGCUUUGAUUUGGCCAAUCAACACUGUUCAGACAUCAAAGUGUCACGAUUAUCUUUCCUAAACUUCUGCAGAAGACUCAGAUAUAUAAUAUACAUACAGCGAUCAGCCACAACAUUAAAACCACCUGCCUAAUAUACUCACAUAAGCGCUCUGUAUAAUAGUGUUGAGAUGUGGGAUGGCACAAUAUUAAUGUUGUCUGAUCGCUGUAUGUGAACUUCAAACGCCACAAAUGUGAAACAUUGUUUCUAACAUAAUCGGAUAAAUGAGCGCUUCAUGUUCUAAUUCUGCUUUCCUUCUGUGUUUGUGUCCCGCUGCAGCGCUACUUUUGUAUCAAACACACAGAAUAUGUUGUUGUAAUUCAGACGUUGUUUCAUUGUAUCCUGUUAUCCUGAAAUAGAAACUGUGUGUGUGUGUGUGUGUGUGUUUCAUUAAAGCCCUUUGCUUUCAU